AUGGGCUCUUAUCUAAGCACUGCAGUCAGUAAGGCUCGAUCCAUGGAUUCAGACGAGGUACAUGGAUCAGUUUCAAACAAAAGGGCCAAGAUAACCCCAUAUGACUGUGGGUCAUAUUCGAGGAUAAUUCCGACUCUUCCUGAUGAGCUUUCAUUUCAAAUUCUAGCAAGGUUACCACGGAUUCAUUACCUAAAGAUGAAGUUGGUUAGCCAAACUUGGAAGGCGGCAAUCACCGGCGCUGAGCUUGCCCAGCUGAGAAAAGAGCUUGGGUUAACUGAAGAAUGGUUGUAUAUACUGACCAGAGUUGAGGCAAAUAAGCUUGAAUGCUAUGCACUCGAUCCAUUGUUCCAGAAAUGGCAAAGGCUGCCAUCCAUGCCUUCAUUCGCCAAUGAGGCGGACUCCACUGGGAGGACGCAGUAUUCUGUGUUUCGGAUGUGGAAUGUAGUGGGCUCAAGCAUCAGGAUUGCUGAUUUCUUUAGGGGAUGGUUUUGGCGCCGAUAUGGUUUGGAUCAAAUGCCUUUUUGUGGGUGCUCUGUCGGAGUUGCUGAUGGUUGCUUGUAUGUCUUAGGGGGUUUUUCCAAAGCUGUUGCCUUGAAUUGCGUGUGGAGGUAUGACCCUUGUGUCAAUUUGUGGCAGGAAGUUAACCCGAUGAUAUCUGGUAGGGCUUUCUCUAAGGCAUCAUUAUUGGAGAGUAAGUUGUAUGUGGUUGGUGGUGUUAGUAGGGGUCGGAACGGAUUGCUUCCUCUACGGUCGGGUGAAGUGUUUGAUCCGAAAACUGGUUUAUGGAGUGAGUUGCCGGAAAUGCCUUUCGUGAAAGCACAGGUACUACCGACAGCUUUCUUGGCCGAUGUGCUGAAGCCUAUCGCCACUGGGAUGGCAUCCUAUAACGGAAAGCUCUAUGUUCCUCAGAGCCUGUACUCAUGGCCAUUCUUUUUUGAUAUUGGAGGUGAAAUCUAUGACUCAGAAUUAAACUCUUGGUCAACUAUGCCAGACGGUCUUGGCGAUGGAUGGCCAGCAAGGCAAGCAGGCACAAAAUUAGGUGUUGUAGUCAAUGAUGAGCUUUAUACAUUGGAGCCUUCCAGCUCCUUGGACAGUGGACAGAUAAAAAGGUAUGAUGCUGAAGAAGAUGUCUGGAGAACUAUGGUACCACACGUUCCAGUUCAUGAUUUCACUGAUGCGGAGUCUCCUUAUUUACUCGCUGGCCUUCAUGGGAAGCUCCAUGUUAUUACAAAAGAGGCAAACAAUAAUCUUCAAGUUAUGCAAGCUGUAUUGGAGAAUAACACGGGAAACGAUGCACCUGAAGAAAACGUCUUAUGGAACAUAGUAGCCUCGAAGAACUUUGGGGCUGCUGAGCUUAUUAGCUGUCAGGUUCUCAAUGUUUAA